GAUCCGAUCCAUAAAAGCAAUCCGUUUUCACGUGUUAAACAAAAACAUUUCCAAACAUUUUUGUUGUGUUUAUUUGUCAAUUUAAUUAACCCUGUUUGUAUUAACUCCACUUUAACUUUAAAAGUAAUAUUAAUAACUUAUUAGACAUAACCAUGGAGGAAGAUGGACUUGAUGAUCGAUUCAAAAAGGUUCUUAAUGAUCCACGGUUCAAGAAGUUCCCUCGUAAAGGAAGGAAGAUCAAAGUUGAUUCAAGGUUCGAAAAAAUGUUCGAUAAAAAAUUCAAUGGUGAACCAUUAGUUGAUAAAAGAGGUAAACGAGUAAAAAAGACUGACAAUGACAAUCUGAGAAAAUUUUAUGAAGUCGAGGAAAAUGUCAAGAAAAUCCGUGGAGAAUGCAAUGACUUGGAAUCUAGCUCAAGUGACGAAAGUUCAGACGAGGAAGAAGAAGAAGUUGAGGAUGAAAAUGAGACUGCUGAACAGAUUGAUUCAAAAGUCUUGAGGACAGAUGAUGUCACCUGCCGUUUCGCUGUUACCAAUGUUGAUUGGGAUCAACUUAAAGCUGUAGAUCUUUUUGUUUUGCUUAAUUCCUUUAAACCAAGCAAUGGUGAAAUUUUAAGUGUGAAGAUAUAUUUAUCUCAGUUUGGUAAAGAAAGGUUGGAAGCAGAAAAACUCGAAGGGCCAAAAGAGCUGACUGAAGUUAAACUAGAAGAAGACGAAGAAGAUCCAUAUGAAUCUAAUAACUGGGAUGCCGAUGAAAUUAUCAAUACUGAUUGUCCAUUUGUUUCUGAAAAACUUAGAAAAUAUCAAUUGAAUAGGUUGAAAUAUUAUUAUGCUGUUGUUGAAUGUGAUUCGCCUGAUACUGCAGCAACUUUAUAUGACCAAUUAGAUGGAAUGGAGUAUGAGAGCAGUGCUUCAACCUUGGAUCUGAGAUUCAUUCCAGAUGACAUGUCUUUCGACGAUGAUGAACCAACUUCAGUUUGCAAUGAGAUGCCUUCUCUCAUUGAUUAUAAGCCUCCUCUCUUUAUCACCACUGCUCUGCAACAAACUAAGGUUCGUUUGACAUGGGAUGAAACUGACCCUAAACGCGCUAAAACUUUGGAAAGAGCAUUUACUGAAAGAGACAAAAUUUCAGAUGAUUUAGCUUGUUACCUUGCUUCAUCGUCAGAGGAAGAAGCUGAUGAAUUGUCAGAUGAAGAGGAAAUUACUCUUGAAGGUAAAAGUCUUCAAGAUCGUAUUAACAAGUAUAAAGAUUUACUAGCAAAUGUUGAGAGAGACUCUGCAGACGAUGAAAAGGAUAUUGACAUGGAAGUAAAAUGGGAACCCGAGUUGGAAAAUAUUGGGCAAAAAAUUGUCGAAAAGAAACAAAAAGAAAAAAUGAGUUAUGCUGAAAGACAGUUGGUUGAGAGAAAAGAAAAGAGAAAAGAGCUUAAAAAACUCAAAAAGCAAUCAGCAACCGAAGCUCCCGAACAAGAUUCAGAUAAUGAAAAUGAAGAAUCAGAUGGUGAUGAUGAGCAAUAUCCAGAAUCAGAUAAGCAAUCAGAUGAAUCUGAUGAAAACUCUGAUGAUGAAAGUCCGAAGAAACGAGAUGAUCUUGAGUUGUUAGUAAUGGAUUCUACUAAAAAAGACAGAAAACAUUUUGAUUACAGUGAAUUUGUGGAAAAUAAAAAAUCCAAGAAAAAGUGGAAAAAGAAAAAAGACAAAUCCAAACAAUCGGAAGAUAAUUUUAAGUUCGACCCAGAAGAUUCUCGUUUUGCGGCAAUAUAUAAAUCACAUUUGUACAACGUUGACCAAUCAAGUUCACAUUUCAAGAAGACGCAAGCUUAUGAGGAAAUUUUGAAACGUAAAGCAUCCAUCAAUCCUGAUACAAAGUAUCCUGUAAAAAAAUCUAAAUAGAAUGUUAAUUUAAAACAAAUAAAAGUUACUUUUGAACAAUUA